AUGCAUGGAGGGGAUGGGGGUGAGGCAUCGUGUCCGCGGAGCUCUAGGAUUGUGGCCACCAAGUCAGUCGAGGUGGCCGACUCUGAGGGCACGAAGGAGCAGGCCUCGAAGUUAUGUGGGUAUCUGAACAAACUUGCAGGGAAGGGACCGCUCAGAGGGUUCAAAACCAGGUGGUUCGUGUACGAUCCCAGAAAAUGUUAUUUGUACUACUUCAAGUCUCCCCAAGACGCGCUGCCUCUGGGAUAUAUAGAAAUAGCCGAUGCUUGCUUCAGCUAUGAUGUUGAAGGGGAUGAGGGGCAGUUCGAGAUCCACGCCUCUGGAAAGGAUUUUUUGCUCAAGGCUCCCAAUAAGCAGGUCAUGCAGUAUUGGCUGCACCAGCUGCAGCAGAAGAGAUGGGAAUUCUGUAACACACGUGGAACCGGGUCCCGGGACAGCUGGAGCUCUCCCACCUUCCCUCCCACACACACUGGUUUGGUGGCCACAGACUCAGAUGCCUUCAUGUUUGAGAAGCCGAGUGAGAGCAUGGAAAAGGUCCGCAACGACUUUGCCAUGGAGGCCAACAUGGACGGACUGGUGGGCAUCCACUCGGCCCGUGGUCCCAGCUCCCACCCUACCACCACCCUGAAUUUCUCCCUAAGACACUGGGGCACAGAGCUGAGGAACUCCAUGUCCCAGCUGCGGCCGGGCCGGGCCAACGAGGGCAGGCGUAGCGUCUUCUACACGGGCAGCAAUGACGAGUGGGAGAUGGUGGACCAUCCGCCCAAGGACCUGCAGGAGCAGCUGCCAGUGCCAGAGCCCGCCAAGAAACCUGCCUCAGAAACCCACAGGAAUUCCAUCGGCUCUGCGUUCACCUUCGAUUUCGGGCGGACCUCCUCACGCUCCAAGAGACCCCAACUGCGGGACAUGAUGGGCUCGGGGAGGCUAACCCGGGGCGCAGACACACCCCCAGUGGAGUGUAACGGGAGCAAACCCUCGGAGUUGCAGGUCCGGCUGCAGAGCCAACAGGAGGAGCUGGACAGGUUCCGCGAGGAGCUGGCCAAUCAGAAGGAGCUGGUGAGGCUGCUGCAGCAGACCCUGCGGAGCUCCCAGUGCGAGAGGCGGGGGGCGGGCGGCCCCGAGGGGACCCAGGAUGCAUCCCCCUUGCUGCGGGAGAGGGAUGGCCAGAUACAGGCCCUCUGCGGUCACAUGGAGAAGCUGGCCCUGGAGAAGGAGAACCUGCAGCAGGAGCUGAAGACUCUGAAGAACAAGGUGGGGGAGAUGAACGAGCAGCUGGGCAUGCUGAUGGAGACCAUCCAGGCCAAGGACGAGGUCAUCAUCAAGCUCUCUCAGCAAGGCGGAGCGGGCGGCGACGGGUCAGCCAGCCCCAAUGAAUGUAGCUCACCCUCCUCCGCAAGCAGGGAAAUACAAGAGCUAGAUAAACUGAAGGACAGUCUCCAGGCCUACAAAAACCAGAACAAGUUCCUGAAUAAAGAGAUUCUGGAGCUGACAGUCCUGCGACGGAAUGCCGAGGGCAGAGAGAAGGCCAUGGAGGCCAAGUACACGGCUCUGGAGGCAAAGCUGUGCCAGGUGGAGAGUAAGUACCUGGUGCUCCUGCAGGAGGUGAAGAACCCGGUGUGCUCGUCAGAGCAGAGCCCGGCCCGGGAGGUCAUCUCCAGGCUGCUGGAGGACGCCCUGCAGGUGGACAGCACCGACCAGCAGGAGCAGCAUAUCUUCAAGCCCCACCCUGUCAGCGAGUAUGAUGUGUACGGAUUCAAAACGGUACCAGAGGAUGAGGAGGAGGAGGAGAGGCUGGAGGCGAAGGUGAGGGCCCUGGACCUGAAGUCCCUUUCCCUGACGGACCAGGAGGUGUCGGUGGGGGUGAAGUGGGAGAACUACUUGGCGGGGACGAUGAACAGGGAGAUGACCCGGUCCCCGGAGCUGAAGGCCCUGGUGCGUAGCGGCGUGCCCCAUGAGCACCGCUCAAAGGUGUGGCGUUGGUGCGUGGCAUUCCACGUGAAGAAGCUGCGUGAGAACGUGCCGCCUGACUACUACGAGAGCCUGCUGGCCGUGGCCCGGGAGAAGCAGAACCCCGCCUCCAAGCAGAUCGAGCUGGACCUGCUGCGCACCCUGCCCAACAACAAGCACUACGCCUCACCGGAGUCCCCCGGCAUCAACAAGCUGAGGAACGUGCUGUUGGCAUUCUCCUGGAGGAACCCAGAUAUCGGUUACUGCCAGGGUCUCAACAGGCUGGCGGCUAUCGCCCUGCUCUACCUGGACCAGGAGGACGCAUUCUGGUGCCUCGUUGCCAUUAUAGAGGUCUUCAUGCCACGAGACUACUACACCAAGACACUGCUUGGGUCACAGGUUGACCAGCGUGUGUUCAAGGACCUGAUGAGCGAGAAGCUGCCUCGCCUCCAUGCUCACUUCGAGCUCUACAAAGUGGACUUCUCCCUCAUCACCUUCAACUGGUUCCUGGUGGUGUUCGUGGACAGCGUAGUCAGUGACAUCCUCUUCAAGAUCUGGGAUGCCUUCCUGUACGAGGGGCCCAAGAUCAUAUUUCGCUUUGCCCUCGCCCUCUUCAAAUACAAAGAGGAGGAGUUUCUCAAACUGCAGGACUCCAUGGCCAUUUUCAAGUACCUCCGCUACUUCACACGUACAAUCCUUGAUGCCAGGAAGUUGAUGAACAUGGCCUUCGUGGACAUGAACCCUUUUCCCCUCAGGCAGAUCCAGAACCGUCGGACCUUCCACCUGGAGCGGGUCCGUCUGGAGCUCACCGAGCUGGAGGCAAUUCGACAGACCUUCCUUAGGGAGAGAGAGACCGACCCCGAUGGCAGGACUCUCAUCAGUGACGACGAGGAAGACAAUGAGUAGCGAUCAACCAAUCUGUCUCGCAGACUGGCCAAUUGAUGGAUGGUAUUCAUCUCACUAGGCCUGUGUUGCAUUCUUUUCAUAAUCCAGCAAUGUCCUUGCUUGGAGAGAUACAGGUAUGCUGGACAUGUCCUAUUAUGUGAUCAUAUGUAUGUGAGCUGGAAACAUUCCCCCUUUGAUCAGCGGAGGUGUAGAGAUUGCAGGAA